CAGGCUCUGGCUUCCGUUUGUGUGGGUGCGUUAGUCUCCCUGGAUGAGCACGCGAGACAGAGGAUGCAGCUGGGAGCAUGAGUCCUGACGAAGAGGAGUAUGACAUGGUCUGUCAGAAAGCUGUGACCCUGAUUGUUGACCUUUGUCUCCAGAACAGCGCUUUACUGGACUCGGACACCUGCGAGGACUUCCUCUUCUUGCUCUCCAACCAGAGCUCGGACAACAAGGAGCCAAGCGUCACAUUUGGCCUGCUCGUCUGCCUGUUUCUGCUCUGCGGCCUGGCCCUCCUGGGCCUCUGUGCCUUUGCCUCCUGGAAGCUGUGCUGGGUGCCUUGGCGGAACAAGGCCCUGUCCUCCAGCUCAGCAGCCCUCAGCCCGGCCUGCGGCCCUGACAGCUGCCCCCUCCAGCACCACAACCUCCCCAGCCCCCAGCAGCCACUGGUCACCAUGGCGACAGAGAAGGUGAAAGGACCCAUGGGCUCCAUGGGCUUCCUGGAGGCGGCGGUGAAGAUCAGCCACACCUCCCCUGACAUUCCGGCUGAGGUGCAGCGCUCCAUGAGAGAGCACUUUCUGCGCCGCACGCAGCGCAUGCAGCGACAGACCACUGAGCCGGCAUCCUCCCCCAGGCACAGCUCAUUCAAGAGACACUUGCCCAGACAGAUGCAGGUGGGCAGCCUGGAUCUUGGCAACGACUAUGUGGACGAGGACGAGCAGCCGACCAGCAUCGGGCGCAUCAAGCCGGAGCUGUACAAGCAGCAGUCCCUGGAGACCGAGGAGUCCUCCAAGAACGCCAGCGGCAAGAACUGCGGCAAGAUCAACUUCUCGCUCAAGUACGACUACGAGGAGGAGGCGCUGAUCGUCAACAUCCUGAAGGCCUUCGACCUUCCCGCCAAGGACAUAUGCGGCAGCUCCGACCCCUACGUCAAGGUCUACCUGCUGCCCGACCGCAAGAAGUUCCAGACACGCGUCCACCGCAAGACGCUCAACCCCACCUUCGACGAGUCCUUCCAGUUCCCCGUGCCUUACGAGGAGCUGGCCAUCAGGAAGCUCCACAUGAGCGUCUUUGACUUUGACAGGUUCUCCCGCCACGACAUGAUCGGGGAGGUGGAGGUGGACAACCUGUUUGAGACGUCCGAUCUCUCCAGGGAGACGGUCAUCUGGAGGGACAUUCAGUACGCCACCUCUGAAAGUGUGGAUCUUGGUGAAAUUAUGUUUUCACUUUGCUACCUGCCAACCGCAGGCAGACUCACACUUACUGUCCUCAAGUGUAGGAACCUCAAGGCCAUGGACAUCACAGGAUACUCGGAUCCCUACGUCAAAGUAUCUCUCAUAUGCGACGGGAGGCGUUUGAAAAAGAAGAAGACCACCAUCAAGAAGAACACGCUGAACCCCACAUACAACGAAUCCAUCAUCUUCGACAUCCCUCCAGACAGCAUGGACACCGUCAGUCUGCACAUCUCCGUCAUGGACUACGACUUGGUAGGUCACAACGAAAUCAUUGGCGUUAACAGAGUAGGCUGCAACGCUGAAGGUCUUGGCAGGGACCACUGGAACGAGAUGCUGGCCUACCCAAGGAAGCCCGUUGCACACUGGCACCCCCUGCUGGAGUCCAAAAAAUCUGAGAAAGAGUGGAAAGCGAGAACGGCCAGCUUUGAUAGCCAGGGUUCCUGCCCGUCCCCCAGACCCCCUGCCAGCCCCUGAGCAGAACCACCUGUGACCCGUUGGCCCAGGUUUGGUUCUCAUCUCCCCUGCUGACUCCCUCCCCAUCUGUGUUUGCCUGAGGAGAAACUCAACCCCGGUCCUCUCCCUCUUCCUCCAGCGUGGCCUCACAGCACCCCCAAGGAUCUAGGAUCAGAGUAACAGUGUUUCUUUCAAGUUGCCGUGAAGUUAGGUUUGCUGAUCUGGAGUCAGCGUGUGGGAGGUGGGGGGGGGGCAUUGUUUACCCUGAGCUUCCCUAGUUGCGUGUUCUCCCUGAAAGCGAGGUGUCUGAGUUGAACUGCAGGCUCUUGAUUUCCAGUGUAACUUGGAGUGGACUGAGCCUGAUGGAGUGUGAUGCAGUAGUCCAUCCCUGUACUCUGGAGUUUCUGGCUCUUUGAUGAGGGCCUCUCGUUGAAGCUCUUUGAACGCAGUAAAGGUUUCUCAGAGAGAGCAUAAGGACUUGGAGAAGCCCUUACAAAAAAGAUUAUCCAGUGCUGUAAUAACGUUGUGGCAAUAUUGAUGUUGUAAUUAUGGCAGCCAAUACAAGCUGUUGUGUUGCAAAGCCAGCAGGGCUGGAGGAAAUGAAUGGGAGAAUCUGCUGAACGGCAAACUAUUAUCAUCAUCAGAAAGAUGAUUAACUUGCCACCCAUCACAAAAUCAAAUAGAAACAAUGUUAUUCACAGAUAUAUUCAGUACUGUCGAUGAGGUUGGCAUUUUAAAAGAAAAGCACACUUAACACACCCUUACCUCUCUCUUUGUUGUUUUUUUAGUCCUGGCACCUCUGCCUUUUCUUCCUAU